UAUAUGGUUUUCAUGAAGAUCAAACUUUAAAUUUCUAGAAAUCAAAUGUUCAUUAUUCAUCUUCUAAAUCAUAUUUAUUUUUGUCCAAAAUUGAAUUAAAUCAAAAUUUAUACACACACGUACAUGCCAAGUCUUAAAAUAUGUAGUAUAUGCAUAGUUAUGCUUUGAUCAUCAAGAAUUUAAUUCUAUAUUAUUUUGAAUAUGUUUUACAAGAUAAGGAAGAGGUCUCUAACCCUAGAAGAAAAGGUGCAAAUUGGGGAAGAUGGAUUCUUUCAUAGGCACCCUUUCAUUAAUUGGAUGAGUGAGCAACUUGCUCACUCAUUUCUCUUUCUUCAGCAAAAAAUAAAAAAGUUAGAAGAGGGAUUUUUAGGUGAUUAGGCUUAUUUAUAUGUAUCCCAAUUAAAUUUGAAAGUGGAGCGUUAGAAGCUGAAACAAACGCCAGAAAAAACCCAAACAUUUCAAAAUUCAAACUCACUAGAAACGUGAAACUUAAAAACCGAAGAUACCCAUUUCUUUUUUGUCUUUCAAUCUUUUUUUUGAUAGCUUGAAGCACUCAGAAUCAAUUCAAUGGGAAGGCUUAAAAACAGAACUGACUAUGAAAAUCUCAGAAAUGCUCGCAUCUUAGAGAACCAGGCUCGCUUGGCGGCUUUAGGACUUCAAAAAACCAUUUUUGAACUUCGAUCGCUGACUUCAUCUGCGAAAUCAGUAGAGAAGGGAAAGAUCCAGAAGAAAAAUUGUGUGAAACGAAUUUAUGAGACCUCAAAUUUGCGUCGCUCUAAUCGAUUGAAGCAUUUUGCUGCUGACUCUAUGACAAUAAAGGCUGUUCCUUAUCGUCGCUCUGAUCGUCUAAGAGGAAAAUAUAGCGAACCCACUUCGCUAAACAAAGUGAAAGGAAGCUACGGUGAUAACAGUAAAGAAGAGAAUUUGGAGGAAGAGAUGAGGCCUGCAAAUGCUCCAUUGCUAAAGGUAAAGGGUUUGAAGGUUCCUCCUCUUUCACCCGAGGCUUCAGCUAGGCGCUGUGAUACCAAGGGCAGGGGCUCCAUCUACGACCCAGUUCUUGGAAUUUGCUGCCAUUUUUGCAGGCAAAAGAAAUUAUGUGGCGAAGAAGAUUGCAAACGGUGUAGUAGUCUUGAUCCAGAUCAACCGUGCAUGGGAAAAACAGACUGUUCAGUAUGUCAUUCUACAAAUGGCGUUUUCUGUCGCGCUUGCCUAAAAGUUAGAUAUGGAGAAGAAAUGGAGGAGGUAAGAGAGAACAAGGAAUGGAUGUGCCCUCAUUGCAUAGAAGAAAAAGGAAUAAACCCCUUUUGGAUAUGUAACAGUUCAAUCUGCUUAAAGAAGCGAAAGAUGGCUCCAACAGGGCUUGCUAUAUACAGAGCUCUAGACAUGGGAUACAAAUCAGUGGCACAUCUUCUAAUGGAUGAGCUGAAACGAAGAAACAAAGUAAGAUCACUAUGAGGAUAUCUUCCAAGAUCAAGAUAUGACUAACAUCACUGAAACUAAAGUAGCUAAUGGUGGAAAUAUUUUGUUGCUUAUAUGUGAAGUAGCAAGGGUUUGUACUUCAAUUCCAUCUUUACAAUUUUAGACUCCUUUUGACAGAGAAGAAAAUCCUUCUUGGUGUGCUCCAAACUACUUGGAGAGUGCCAGCCUCUUGUCCUGUACAAAUAGUGUUUCUUCUGAAUUAAUGAUUGUGUUCCUGUUCUUUUUUGCUUAAGAUUAGUGAUUGUUUCAAGUCUAACGCUUAAUAUUAGAGUAAGAUCAGUUUUUAA